AUGUUAAAAUCCUGUCAAUAUUUCAAUAAGAGAUCUAUUUCAAAGACAGUUAAAAUAGUUGCCAAAGAUACUUUACCUGCUGCUGCUUAUAAUCCGGAUAUUGUUGAAAAGAAAGUCUACGAUGAAUGGGAAAGGAGAGGUUUAUUUAAAGCUGAUAAUAAAAACGACAAACGAACAUUUAGUAUUGUUCUGCCACCGCCAAAUGUAACGGGAAAAUUACACCUGGGUCACGCUCUAUCUAAUACAAUCCAAGAUGUGAUCAUAAGACGGAAAAGAUCUCAAGGAUUUAAUGUUCUGUGGCUACCGGGAACAGAUCAUGCGGGGAUUGCUACACAGGGUGUAGUUGAAAAAUAUUUGAAGACAAAUAAGAAUAUAAAUCGUCAUGAUAUUGGUAGAGAGAAAUUUAUCGAUGAAGUGUGGAAAUGGAAAGAGCAACAUGGCAACAUUAUAUGUCAGCAGUUAAGAACAUUAGGCUGUUCUUUGGAUUGGUCGAGGGAAGUUUUUACCAUGAACGAAAGACACACAAACGCUGUAAACACAGCAUUUAUAAGAUUGUUCCAAAAAGGUUUAAUAUAUAGGAAAAAGGCUUUAGUUAAUUGGUGCAACGCUUUGAAGUCCACUUUGUCUGAUAUAGAAGUUGAUAAUAUAAGUAUUAAUGGACCCACCGAUAUUAAUAUACCAAAUUAUGAUGGACCUGUAAAAUUCGGUCUGAUUUACAAUUUCUCAUAUAAAUUGAAUGAUAGUAAUGAUGAAGUUGUUGUAUCUACAACUAUGCCGGAGACUAUGUUGGGUGACACAGCUAUAGCAAUUAAUCCUAAAGAUGAAAGGUACAGCCAUCUUAAAGGUAAAAGAGCAGUACAUCCGUUCAGAAAAACUACGAUACCAAUAAUAUUUGACGAUUUCGUUGACUUGAAAUUCGGCACCGGCGUCGUUAAAAUUACUCCAGCACACAGUAAAGUGGAUUACGAAAUAUCUAAACAUCAUAAUUUAGAAAUGCUUCAAGUUAUUGAUGAAAAUGGCAGAAUACAAAAUGGAGGCGAAUUUAGUGGCAUGAAAAAAUACGAAGGUAGAGAGAAAAUUGUUAAAGCUUUACAAGAUUUAGGACUCAUGAAAUCUAUUAAUCCACAUCAAAUGACUUUACCAAUAUGCAGUAGAAGCGGUGAUGUUAUCGAGUAUCUACCUAAGGAGCAGUGGUUUUUGUCAUGUAGUAAACUGAAUAAAAGGGCCAUAGAAGUGGUCAAAGAUAAGAAACUUAGUAUAGAACCUGAGAAAUACGUGAAAAACUGGCUAAAUUGGACCGAAGAUGACAAAGAUUGGUGUAUAUCAAGACAAUUGUGGUGGGGACAUCAGAUACCGGCUUAUAAAUGCAGUUUGGAUGAAGAUCUUGUAUGGAUAGCGGCUAAUAAUAGUGAGACUGCUAAAAUAGAAGCUUCCAAAUAUCUAAGGGUCCUUCCAGAGGAAAUAACAGUUAGUAGAGAUCAAGACGUACUCGAUACUUGGUUCUCAUCAGGAAUUUAUCCAUUCGCGGCCUUAGGAUGGCCGGAAAAUAACAUCGACUUACACAAAUUUUACCCUUUAGACUUAAUGGUGACUGGUCACGACAUACUCGGGUUUUGGGUGCACAGAAUGGUGAUACUAGCAUUAGAAUUAACGAAACAAUUGCCAUUCAACAAUGUUUUAUUACAUGGGGUUAUAUGUGACAGUAAAGGCGCGAAAAUGUCCAAAAGCAAAGGCAAUAUCAUCGAUCCGAUUGACGUUAUAAACGGAAUAUCGAUGGAAGGUUUGAAAGAGAAGGUGGAGAAUAUGCAAAAAGACGGUCUUCUAACAAAAGACGAAGUUAAAAGAUCUAUAUCAUAUCAUAGAACUAAUUUCUCACAUACUAAUGGUAUCCCAGAAUGUGGAGUAGACGCAUUACGGUUCACUCUCCUCACCCAAGAUAUAAAAUCAAAUUUCAUCAGCUUCGACGUAAAUCAGUGCCACGCGAACAAAUUAUUCUGCAACAAAAUUUGGCAAAGCAUCAAAUAUUUGGCGCUUUCAAUGGAAAAACUCAAAUUAAUAGAUGAUGAAAUUACAAAAGACGAUUUAACUUCAUUCGACAAAUGGAUUUUAAGCAAACUUUCGGACAUGGUUGAUGUGGUCAAUAAUUCUAUCGACGAUAAUAAUUUUCAUAUAGCAACGAAAUGUUUAAAAACAUUGAUUUACAAUCAAUUCUGUGACGUUUAUUUGGAGAGCACCAAGCCGGGUUUUGAUGGUGAUAAUAAGAAAAUAGGAUAUGCGCAUGCGCAUACUCUAUCCGCUGUUUUGAACACAUCUUUGCGAUGUUUGUCUCCUUUUAUGAUAUACUUGACGCAUGAAGUAAUACCAAAAAUACCUAAUUUUGAAACUAACAUAAUAUAUAAUUUUGAUCAUGAAGAUGAUUAUUUUAAAUUUCCCAAAUAUGAAGAUUUUCAGAUUUGGAAAGACAUUCAGAUCGAAAAUAGAAUAGAUAGAGUAAUUGAUGCUGUUACAUUAACAAGAGAAAUAAAAGGUCUUUACAAUAUAACAAACAAAUUAAAACCUACUUUACACAUUAACACCACGGAUAAAACAUUAUUAGACGAUAUAAAAAACAAUAUUGAUAUCGUACAGCAUUUAUCAAAAACUAGCGAAGUUAGAAUUAAUGAGGAAAUUAAAAAUAAUGUUGUUACCAGCCACAUGGAUGCCAACACAGAGAUUUGUGUAGAAAUAGCUGGUGAUAAAGUUGAAGAAAUUAUCUCAGCGGCUAAAGAUAAACUUAAUAAGAGAAUAAAAAAAUUAGAAGACAGUUUGUCCAAACUAGAAAUGAAAUUAUCUAGUAGUCAUUACAUUAAAUCAGUUCCAGAAUACAAAAUAAACACAGACAAACAGAAAUUAACACUCCAAAGAGAUGAAUUGAGAAGAUUGCAGAGAUUUUAA